CUCUAGUCAAGCCUGAACCCUUUUGGAUUGCCAGUUUCAGUUUCUCCUGCUCGCCGUCCUGGUCUCUUCGCCCUUUCGAUCGCCAUUCCGUCUUUCAUCAGUUGACAUCUACCAAGGCGACGUUCGGUCAUGGCAGACGCACUCUGCGGGCCUUCAAAUGCGCUUCAGAAUUUUCAGAAGCAUGCUUCUACAGACAGAACUCUUCAGCAAGACCGAAUAUCAUCACGUCAUACUCCCACACAGGGCUUCCGGUCUCGUAACCCCAAUGAAGGCACUCUAGAUCCCGAGUUUCAGGCUUUUGAGUCCGGGCUUUCAGGCCCAGCUGUACCGGAUAUCCAUAGUCCACCGGUCUUUCACGAAAGAGGGCCAGCUCUCUCCCCGUUAAACCACCACCCACAAAAUUCUGGUUGGGCUUCCGAUUUCCAAAACCUCCAUAUUUCAGCGCCAUCUCCUUCAGUUGUUCAACAUCGACUCCAAGCCCAGGUGGCUGUUCAUGCCCCCGUUUCGUCGAGCUGGCAUAAUGAGUUUAUCAACCAGGCCCAACCAAACUUGCAAAAUCCGAUACCGCAGAAGCAAAUGAUGCAUAGCCCCAUGGCGAAUAUGCCAUAUCAACCAAUGAACACAUUCGGGACAAACCACACAGACCAGUCCCAUAUACUCGAAUCGCAGAACUCGCAGCCAGUAGAGGUUUUUGAUGAGGUAGCGUUUGAAGCGGCAUUCGCCGAGGCCCGCGCUGAGGUUGAACUACAAGAGAACAAGCUCCAGGAAUUGGAAAAUGAAACGCUAAAUGAGGAGAUAUCGUUGGAACCAAUAAAGAUAGGGUCAGAUACAAUACCAGCACAGCAACCCGUUACAGAUGAAGCCGAGGAACUUGCCCGAACGGCCGGCCAGCUACUCGAGAGCGUCAGUCACGAUAAGAGCCAGAAGUUCAAAGAGAGCAAUUUUCUUGCAUUGAUGCGGCAGCUUCGAGAUCGCGAGGUCACGGUCGAAGGCGACGAAUUCCGCCAAGUCAGUACCCUUCCAUGA